CCCACCCACCUCCCCGCUCCUCAGUGCCGCCGAGUAACCUGGUUUCCCGGCGUCGGCCCGGCCCUCCUCCCUCUUUUCUUUUUUUUUUUUUUUUUUUUCCCUUUCCCCUUUUCUUUUCCUCCCCCCUCCCCUCCCCUUCCUCCUCCUCCCCCUUUCCCCGACAGCGUAGCCGGGGCUCAGGCUCGCUCCCUUCCCCCCCCCCCGCCCCUUUCCCUCCCCUCGAGCUGCCGCCGCGGUAGGGACCUGGAGAGAGGCGCCGCCUCCGCCGCCGCACACGGAGACAUGUACCCGGGAGCCACCUCCGCCGGACCCGUGCUUGCACCUCCUCCGCCAUUGCCACCACCAAUACAGGGAUAUGCCUUUAAACCUCCUCCUCGACCAGAUUUUGGCACUUCUGGGAGAACAAUCAAACUGCAGGCCAACUUCUUUGAAAUGGACAUUCCUAAAAUAGAUAUCUACCAUUACGAAUUGGAUAUAAAGCCAGAAAAAUGCCCCAGAAGAGUUAACAGAGAAAUAGUCGAGCAUAUGGUUCAGCACUUUAAAACCCAGAUUUUUGGGGAUCGCAAACCGGUGUUUGAUGGAAGAAAAAACCUUUAUACAGCUAUGCCACUUCCCAUUGGGAGAGAUAAAGUGGAGCUGGAGGUCACGCUGCCAGGAGAAGGAAAGGACAGAAUAUUUAAGGUGGCUAUAAAGUGGAUGUCCUGUGUGAGUUUGCAGGCUUUACAUGAUGCUCUUUCUGGUCGGCUGCCAAGUGUCCCGUUUGAAACCAUCCAGGCACUGGAUGUAGUGAUGAGGCACUUGCCUUCCAUGAGAUAUACUCCUGUGGGGCGAUCUUUUUUUACAGCAUCAGAAGGGUGCUCGAAUCCAUUGGGGGGUGGCAGAGAAGUUUGGUUUGGCUUCCAUCAGUCAGUCAGACCUUCAUUAUGGAAAAUGAUGUUAAAUAUUGAUGUAUCUGCAACAGCAUUUUACAAAGCACAGCCAGUUAUCGAGUUUGUAUGUGAAGUUUUGGACUUCAAAAGUAUUGAAGAACAACAAAAACCUCUGACAGAUUCCCAAAGGGUAAAGUUUACCAAAGAAAUAAAAGGUCUAAAGGUGGAGAUAACACACUGUGGACAAAUGAAAAGGAAGUACAGAGUGUGCAAUGUCACCAGACGACCAGCAAGUCACCAAACAUUCCCACUUCAGCAGGAGAAUGGACAAACAGUUGAAUGCACUGUAGCUCAGUAUUUUAAGGACAGGCACAAAUUAGUUUUACGCUAUCCUCACCUUCCAUGUUUACAAGUUGGACAGGAGCAGAAACACACAUACCUUCCUCUGGAGGUGUGCAACAUAGUGGCAGGACAAAGAUGCAUAAAGAAACUCACUGACAAUCAAACUUCCACUAUGAUUCGAGCAACUGCCAGAUCAGCACCUGACCGUCAAGAAGAGAUUAGCAAAUUGAUGCGGAGUGCCAGUUUUAAUACCGACCCUUAUGUUCGUGAAUUUGGAAUAAUGGUCAAAGAUGAAAUGACAGAUGUGACCGGCAGAGUUCUACAGCCUCCUUCAAUCCUCUAUGGAGGCAGGAAUAAAGCAAUUGCUACACCAGUUCAAGGAGUCUGGGACAUGAGGAAUAAACAGUUUCACACUGGAAUUGAAAUAAAGGUUUGGGCAAUUGCGUGCUUUGCUCCCCAGCGCCAAUGCACUGAAGUUCAUCUGAAGUCCUUUACAGAACAACUGAGGAAAAUUUCCAGAGAUGCAGGAAUGCCAAUCCAGGGGCAGCCGUGCUUCUGUAAAUACGCGCAGGGAGCUGACAGUGUGGAGCCCAUGUUCAGACAUCUCAAGAACACUUACACUGGGCUGCAGCUUGUUGUAGUAAUUUUGCCAGGAAAAACGCCAGUCUAUGCGGAAGUGAAGCGUGUUGGCGACACUGUGCUGGGAAUGGCUACACAGUGUGUUCAGAUGAAAAAUGUGCAAAGAACAACACCGCAAACUCUGUCUAACCUUUGCUUAAAAAUAAAUGUCAAAUUAGGAGGCGUAAAUAAUAUUUUACUGCCACAGGGAAGACCACCAGUAUUUCAACAGCCUGUCAUAUUCCUUGGUGCAGAUGUAACUCAUCCGCCAGCUGGAGAUGGAAAAAAACCUUCCAUUGCUGCAGUUGUAGGAAGUAUGGAUGCUCAUCCUAAUCGAUACUGUGCCACUGUUCGGGUCCAGCAGCACCGCCAAGAAAUCAUCCAAGAUUUGGCUGCCAUGGUCAGGGAGUUGCUUAUUCAGUUCUACAAAUCAACUAGAUUUAAACCAACUCGUAUAAUCUUCUACAGAGAUGGUGUUUCUGAGGGGCAGUUUCAACAGGUUCUCCAUCAUGAAUUGCUGGCUAUCAGAGAAGCAUGCAUUAAACUAGAAAAGGAUUACCAGCCUGGAAUUACAUUUAUAGUUGUGCAGAAAAGGCAUCACACCAGACUCUUCUGUACAGAUAAAAAUGAACGGGUUGGAAAAAGUGGAAACAUUCCAGCUGGUACCACAGUGGACACAAAAAUCACCCAUCCAUCAGAGUUUGACUUUUACCUGUGUAGUCAUGCUGGUAUUCAGGGAACAAGCAGACCUUCUCAUUACCAUGUCCUCUGGGAUGACAAUCGUUUCUCUUCAGAUGAACUGCAGAUUCUUACCUACCAGCUGUGUCAUACAUAUGUACGCUGUACUCGUUCCGUUUCCAUCCCAGCACCAGCAUAUUACGCGCACCUGGUUGCCUUCAGAGCCAGGUAUCAUCUGGUGGAUAAAGAACACGAUAGUGCUGAAGGAAGCCACACUUCCGGUCAGAGUAAUGGCAGAGAUCAUCAAGCACUUGCUAAAGCAGUUCAAGUUCAUCAGGACACAUUGCGCACUAUGUACUUUGCUUGACAUGUUUUAAUGUUUAGCAACUCAGUACAAUACAGAGUUGGAUUCACAUGAGACCAGCUGCACUUAGACCAACAGUUGCCCAAGCUACAGUGACAGCCAGCAAUGAGUGAUGCAUCUUGAUUUUUUUUCUUUCCCAUUUGCAAGAAAGCCUUCCGUCCAGAAUUUCAGACUUGAUUAUGAACUGCAUUCUUGUACCAACCCCCACUAUUGUUGGAAAUGUGGUUUGCCAAAAAUCUCUAAGCUGCUUGGUAUAAAACAGACCCAUAUUUUAUAAUUAAAUCAAGAGCUGUGAUCUCAGGGCUUAGGGAAAAAAAAAAAAUCCACAACAACCCAACCCACAAAACUCCUCAUUCAGUUUGCUAUUCGUUGAAUUGCUUUUAAUAAAUUGGAAAGACCUAUUUAAUACUAAAGUUUGAUGGGCUAAAACGCUGUGAAUUAGCUUUUAAUACAAAGGAAAGCAAAGCAUUUUUUGACUGUUUAUGAAGCCUUGAUUAUUCUAGAUGCAUUUACAAAAUUCUUAUUUUCAAAAGAAUGACAAAAUUCUGGUUUUCAACUGUCUUACAAAGAUUAUUCUCUGUGUGUCUAAGGGCAAAUGUAUUUUCUGAAGCUUGUUCUUGAAUGUUUUUUAUUGUGCUGCAUUUGAAAAUGUUUUUCAUAGACUAAAGAAUUUUAAGAGAAUGAACUUGUACCUAAGCUUUUAAUAGGUCCAGUUAGAUUGGCAAAAGAAAAUGUGCCAUUUAAAAAAAAAAAUUGUAAAGAAUUUUUUUUAAAUCAUACUGACAGCUAACUUUAGAAUUUGUCAUACAGGACUGUGACACUUACUUUCCAAAGUCUCUAAAGAAUACGGGUCUGUGGUGAUAAAUACAGUACAAUCCUUUUUCACUGUUUGAGUUAAUGUAAGUUUUAUAUAUGUUUCACAGUAUUAAUGUGAUAGACUAGAUGCUAUUAUUUAUUUUUAUUUACUAAGGAGUGCUCAUUAUACUUCUGUUAACAUAUCAAGAAUGCUUUGGAUUUAGAAAUUAAAACCUUAUUGUGGGGACAUUACUAUUCAAAUGCAAAAAAUAUGCAACUGACUUUGUGACAGUUCAGAGAUACAUACAGUGUAUAUUGUAUAGCUUGCAGUUUGUAGAAAGGCUUUUUAAGCGUGCACACAACAUAGCAGGUGUUACCUGUGCAGUUCAGAGACGCACACAAGACCAACAUUCUACGUUCGUUCAAGCACAAAACAAUUGUAUUUUAUUUAUAUGUUGAAUAUUGGUGAAGCAGGAGCUCUAAUAGAGGAGAGUGGCUCGCUGUUUGUAAUUUAGACAAAAGUCAGAGAAUCUAUGCAGUAAAGAUAAAUCUUAGGAAACUGAAGUUUACUUAUGAAGGGAGGUGAAACUCUCUUCAUUAUGCAUAUGGUCCAUAGUAAAUGUGAGAGUUUUGCCAUUCUCUUAGGAGAAGCAUUAAUUAAAACUGAUAAUUAUUAGACAAACGCUUCUGUUAGUUUGCAC